AUGAAUGAUUCGGGGUACAACGGGCCUCGCCAAGCUUUCUACGAUAAUCUAUUGGGUCUUCCUCGUCGUUUAGAAGAACACGAGGAAGACUACGGGGAAACGACUUUGGAGGAGGUGAGGGCCCGCCUUGAUAAGACCUACAAGUCUGGGGUACCGUUUUUCACCAAGGAACGAAUUCAAUUUGCAUGGGAUCAGGCCAAGCGUGAACCGGGCUACGGCAAGAAAGUAUUUACCAAAGACAUCAACGAUAAGCUCGUCGAGUAUGAUGGGCUUCCUGGAGAAGUCGUUUCACGGGAGAUGGUAGGAGAAGAAGAAGUCCAUUUUAUAGCGAGAGAGAUGAAACUUGUAUAUACGUGCCGAGCAAACUUCCCAAUCUGUUGUAAAAUCUUUGAGCGAUUUGAUUUUGACCCGGAGUGGUCGCUCUUUUGCGCCAUACAGAUCUAUCAUCGAGGACGCAGGGUGAACAAAGAAACCAAGGAAGAACUUCCACCAGUACUCACCUUAGAUGCCGACUUUGUCACCGAAAUGUUCAAUGGGAAAGUGCAAGAAUGGAAAGCCAGUACUGCCUGCGAAAAGCUAAAGUCUAUAUUAUCCUUGGCGGCAAAAGAUCACAAAAUCGGCAAAUUUACAUAUUCGGCAUCAGUCGCAUCCCAACAUGCGAUACUUCUCACUUUAAAGGAAUGGUUACAAGAAAGGGACAGAAAAGAGAAUGUGCCCUGCUAUGUUCAAGAUCCUGUAUACAAUUCUAUCGACCAAGAGAUCUUGGGAAAUGUCGGCAUAGAAGUGAUUGAUGACCCGCACGGCUGGCUCGAGAUUGACGAGAAUCGAUGA